UUAAGUAGAGCAGAAGGAGGCGAGAGGGAAAACAGUGGCACGGAGAGAGAGAGGGCAGAAGUUAGAUGGCGCUUUCCUUUGUCACCGCGUCUCUCUGCUCAUGAACAUCGACCUGGCAUAUCUGCGAUCCGUGAAAUCAAACCGUCUGUCGCCGAUUCGCCUCCAAAUUAUUCCUAAUUUCAUCCAAGAAACGGUCUGAACCUGUGGCCACGAUGAUGCAAGAAUCGGUGUCCACAUUUGAGACGCAUCUGACGGCUGUCAUGGACGGUCUGAUCCGUGCCUCGGUGUGCGAGAUCUCCAAACUCUUCCAGGAUAUGGUGAACGACUACCUGAUGGAGCUGUCCCUCAACAGGAAGGAGAACGAGGCUCUCAAACAGCGGCUGAGGCUCACCGACCACAAGCUGAGAGCCGAGCGCAAGUACGGCAUGGGCUGGGCCGCGCAGCGCCGCAGCGCCGGGCUGUCGGCGGCGGAAGAGCGGGCUGAAGGGCGGCAGAAACGAAAAGUUGCGGAGGCCCGAGGCAAGUCAAAGAAGGGCCCAGCAGCAGCCUAUGGCAAACGCUGGCCUGGAGUUGUGUGGGAGGAAGGAGGAGGAGGAGGAGCUGUGGGGAUGGUAGCAGGAGGAAGAGGGGGAAAGGAGGCCAGGGAGAUGUACCUCAUCCAGUACCCCGGGGAUGAAGAGGAUGAGAGAGGGAUGAUGGAGGACGAGGAAGGGGAGGGCAGCCUCAGCGGUGAGGGGGAGGAGACGGCCAACAUCAAAGAGGAGUUUUCACAAACAGAGGGCUAUCGACCCGCCUCUCUCCAGCUCAUCAAGGAAGCUUUGAAGAUGGAAACGCCAAGCCGGAAGCGGCACACGGGCUCCAGAGCCACGAGCGAAGGAGAACUGUCCGAUAGCCCCCCGACCCUUCAUUCAGGAGAGAGGGAUGAGGAGGACUGGGAGGAGGACUCGGCAGAGCCGUCGGAGGGGGGCAUGACCAUGGAUGAGCUGAGGGGUCUUGAAUCGGCACUGAGGGCCGAGAGGGGCCGCGAACAGGCGGCCAUGACAGCCUCCCAGCCUCCCAGCCCCAAAUCAGAGGUGGUGCAAGGCAGCGAAGACAGCCUCGCCCCGAAGUUCAUUGGUCUCGAUGGAUUGGAGCACGACGAAGAGCUUGAGCCGCCGACUCUGCAGAGAGAGGAGCAGAUAGGACCAGGCAGGUUGAAGGACGCUGUGAGGGCCGGGGGGGAGCUGAGGUGGCCCAAGAAGCUGAAGGAGGAGGAGGAGGAGGCUGCGGUCCUGACUGAGCAGGAUGUGGUGGAGGAGGGACAGUCAGAGCACCUGCCCCACCUGUCUGCUUCAGGGAGUGUCGGUGAGAGUGGAGAAGAGGAGGGGGGUGAGGACCUGCUCCACUUCUGCACACAGUGUGGAGGAGGCUUCACCUCCGAGGCGGAGCUGGAGGAGCACCCAUGCCCACUGGGAGCUUCUCCUUCACACAGCGGGAAGGAAGUGUUCCCGUGUGCCCAUUGUGGCAACGCGUUCAGCCACGACUGGGCUCUCAAGAACCACGAGUGCGCCUGUGCCGCCGAGAGGCCGCACUGCUGUGAGAUCUGCGGGAAGCGCUUCACACACUCGCGCUCACUGGAGCGACAUCAAGUGGUGCACACGGGUGAGAGGCCUCACCGGUGCCAGCAGUGUGGACGGAGCUUCAGCCGGCUGGGAAAUUUGGAGCGCCACCAGCGGAUCCACACAGGAGAGCGUCCAUACGGCUGUGAAGCGUGCGGAAAGCGCUUCAGUCGUGUGGAGUACUUAAAGAGACACCAACUCAUACACACUAGUGAAAAGAUGGCACUCCAGUGCUCCAACUGUGCAAGUGGCUUUAGUGAUGCGGAGCAACUGAAAAACCACCAGUGUUUUUAAGAGGCUCUUCCUGAAAUAUAUGACAGAACUGGACAGAUUAAAGCAGGUUUUGAAUUGAAUGUUGUAGAGGUUCAAGGGAUGAAUGUGUCUGGUGGAUGCUAGUUUUAGUGAUUUGCAUUGACUUGAUUGAAUUACCUUUAAGAUAAAGAAGCAGAUACAUGUGUGUAAUUUUUGUUGUGCAAGUGAAAAAAGCAAAUGUCCAAAGUUGACAGGAAGUCAGUUGUACAUGGUGUUUUCUUGAAGAAAAAAAAAAAGUCUCAGCCAUUUCAAUUUGAGGUGAUCUCAUUUGUAUGUACAAAGCUCGUACUUAUUUAUGAUAAUCAAUAAAUUGCACAUUUAUUUCUUUUUAUCAGUUACUUGUGUUGCCGCUGAUGUCCUUGUUAUUUGCCGGACAAGUUAAUUGACAGCUGGGUAUUUUGUAUGUUUUGUGUCGGUAAUAUUAUUAAGAAAUAAAUAUUUAAAUCCAAUAUAAUUAUGUUUUACCUUUUUCGGUUUUGAUU